AAAAGAGCUAAUCUUCUAGCUAAAAGUAUAGUAGACACCCACAUAUCACACAUAUUUGUGCACUUCAUUUUCAAUCCACAGCACCUGCUAGCUUACCCUCGGCUCCCAAUCAGAUCGAUGGCUGGGAUUAACAUGCUACCAUUGGCCACGUCAUGUAUUCUCCUUUUGGCAUUUCUUAUCUCCGAUGUAUCCGAGGGAAGGGCGACUCCUUCGUUGACCAAAUUAUCAGCUGACGACCGGCGGCUGUCAUCAUCAUCCUCAAACUAUGCCGUCUUCAACAGUAACCCGAGUCCCGGCGCCGGUCAUCAUGAUACUCCCGCAGGUAGCACACCCCCAGCAGCUGCCUCCGCCGAUGGCCUGCCGUCGUCGUCCUCUAUGUAUACCAUCUUCAACAGUAACCCAAGUCCCGGCGCCGGUCAUCACGACACUCCCGGAGGUAGCACACUCCCAGCAGCAGCCUCCGCCGAUGACCUGCCGUCGUCGUCCUCUAUGUAUACGGUCUUCAACAGUAACCCAAGUCCCGGCGCCGGUCAUCACGACACUCCCGGAGAUAGCACACCCCCAGCUGCCUCAGUUCCCGCCAUUAAUUAAAAUGAUGAAAAGCCUUAAUGCCUUAUACACAUAUAUUGACCCAUCUUCAACCUUGAAUCAUUCGAUUUACAACCACAUACACAUAUAUUUCGAAGUUACAUUUUAUGUAUUUAAACAAUGAUCAAAAGUAUUGAUAUCAAAGAAUAAGAAUUAAUGAAAUACUACGUAUUUCUACCUAUGUUUGGUGCUUCUACCACGUGUGAAUUAUACGGUUCAUACUUCAUGCCAAGGUUUUAAAUAGUCGUAGCGGUAGCGGUAGCGGUAGCGGUAGCAGUCAUCGCGGGUAGCGGCCCGUAGCCGACUGUAGCGGUUGUAGUGGCGUGAAAUAUUUUCAAUUGUGCAAAACAUAAAUGUAUUUUUUC